CGAGGCCUGGGCAAAUCUGCUAGUCGUCACGUCAACAGGUGUGCGAGAUGUUCGGGUAACGAAGAGGAAGGAGAAGAUGUCGGUGUAAUUUCCUCAAAUCUUUAGCCAGACGAAUGCAUUGAGUCCUUCUCCUCGGUCAGUGGCAGAUGUGUGUUCAUACCUGACAGUCUAAUUCGACUCUGCUAGGUGGGAAUCAAGGAAUAUUUUUUUCAUCGCGUGGAUUAGACAUUGCAAACGCCAUGCUAUCGGGCUACGUGAAGCGUGUCAAAUCCGCGCUAAAACGGUCAUUUGAGGUGGAGGAGACAGAUACAUCCACACACCCUUCACCCCUCUCUCGUCGGACCACCAACCCUCUCCGCUCAUCCACCUCCUCCACAUCCAGCCAGCGGAGCUACGACCUGAGCUCCCGCAACUCUGACUACUCCUCUUCAAGAUCUUCCCCCUCCGAGUCCUCCAAUCCACGUUCCCCAAAGACCGGCAUGAGGCGCAUUGAGUUAUCAGGGGGUCGUAACCCUGACACAGCCUCUUCCCGCCGCACAGAAAUCUCCAUUGAGGUCUCUUCCAAGCAAAUCGACAACUCACCCAGUGCUGGCAUCGCCCGCUUUGGCCUCAAACGACCUGAGGUCAGCUUGAGCAGUCGGAGCACCCCCCUGGACAGCUCCUCCAACUCCAUCUCCAGCUCCACAAACAGGCGGGCAGAGAUCAGCAUGACACGGCCCCAUGAGCCCCCCGCCCCUCCCAAGAGGAUGGAUGCCCAGCUGUCCUCUGCCCCAGUCUCUAGGAUCCCUGAGCCACCCCAGAGAAGAGCAGAGCCCCCGUCCCCCAUCCUCAGCCCAGCUGAGGGGGCCUCCAGGAGGCCAGAGAUGCCUGUCUUCAGACAGCCGGACGGUUUGGUGCCAGGCAAUGCAAUGGAGAACAACAACCACCCGCCUCCUGCACCUAGCGCUCCCCUGCCUUUCCUGGCAGAGCCCCGGGUGGAGAGGAUGCAGUCGCCUGUCACAGAGGCGCCCACAGCCCGACCAACAGACAGGCCAGAGGUGAUUUCCAGCUACAGCGGCAGUGCCAUGUCUGAGGUGGUGGUGCCUGAUGCUAUGGUGUCCCCAGCAGUGGGUGGCCUGUACGGGGAGAAGGGCAGUGGCCCCGUGGUGGACUUCAGUUACGUGGGCAUUGACGCCAUUCUAGAGCAGAUGAGGAGGAAGGCCAUGAAGCAGGGUUUUGAGCUUAACAUUAUGGUUGUGGGACAGAGUGGCCUGGGAAAGUCUACUCUGAUGAACACGCUGUUCAAAUCUAAAGUCAGCCGUAAAUCAGUGCUGGCGACAGCCCAGGAGAAGAUCCCCAAAACAAUUGAAAUCAAGUCUAUCAGUCAUGACAUUGAGGAGAAGGGAGUGAGAAUGAAGCUGACAGUCAUUGACACACCAGGCUUUGGAGACCAGAUAAACAAUGAGAACUGCUGGCAGCCCAUCAUGAAGUUCAUUAAUGACCAGUAUGAGGCGUACCUGCAGGAGGAAAUCAACAUCAACAGGAAGAAAAGGAUCCCAGACUCCAGAGUUCACUGCUGCAUAUACUUCAUCCCCCCGACAGGUCACUGUCUGCGACCUCUUGAUGUAGAAUUCAUGAGACGCCUCAGUAAGGUGGUCAACAUUGUCCCAGUCAUUGCCAAGGCGGAUACGCUCACCCUGGAGGAGAGGGACUUCUUCAAAAAGAAGAUCAGGGAAGAGCUGCGAGCCAAUGGGAUUGACGUGUACCCUCAAAAGGAAUUUGACGAAGAUGCAGAGGACAGAAUGAUCAACGAGAAGAUCAGGGAGAUGAUCCCAUUUGCUGUGGUGGGCAGUGACCAGGAGUACCAGGUCAAUGGCAGGAGGCUGCUGGGGAGGAAGACCAAGUGGGGAACCAUUGAAGUUGAGAACAUAGCCCACUGUGAGUUUGCCUAUUUAAGAGAUCUCCUCAUCAGGACCCAUAUGCAGAACAUUAAGGACAUCACCAGCAGCAUCCACUAUGAAAUGUACCGUGUGAGGCGCCUCAAUGAGAAUAACACAGUGGUGGCUCAUGCUAAUGGUAUCCCAGAACAUCAUCUUGCUGCCCACGAGAUGUAGACGCCACCUGCACCGCCGCAGUUGACCUCAAUUGGGAGUAAUUCAUUUGCUAUGAGACUCUAAUCUUCAUUGACAGCCUUCCCACCACUCCAGCCCCCAUCUCACAGGUGGGAUAGAAACUUAAAAGCCUGCCAGAGGGACUUUAUUUUCAAUAUGUUUCGGCGGCUUAAUGGACAGUUCAUGUCAGUUUUUUGCCUCGUUAACAAACACUAUCCUCUCACUAUUGCUGACAAAGAGAGUGAAGAGAAGUUUGAAUCUUCGUAAUGUGCUGCAGCUUGAUUUUACCUGCUUCCAGAUCUUAACAUUAACCUUGGUGGUUUUUACUUGUGGUGCCAAACAGAGCGGACUGACACAAAAUAUGUUUCAGUCAGAGUCGCCUUAACCGGUAACAUGUUAAUCUUGACCACUUUUACUUUUUUCAAGUUUCAUAUUUUUUAGCAGUGUUUAUAAGAAUUCAUGCCGUAACAGAAGCACAGUUUUCUGUCUUUAUGCAAACAGCUGUAUCAACGUGUGUGGGAAGUUAUGAUAUUCAUUAUUGCACUUGAUCGCUACAUCUUCUGACAUUGACAAAGCAUGUUGGAAUGGGGCUGGGCAGCACUUUGCCAACAUAUGACACACAUACAGUCAUUCAGCUCUCGGCCAAUAGUUAAACAAAAAAGGUUAUGAAAUAGCACAUCAUAUGUUUGAGUUUAUCUUUUUUGUCACAAGUUGUGUUUUGCUUUACCUGUUUAUGUUUGUGUCAUGUUAAAUUCCAAGUAAUAAAUGACAUUGUUUAUUAAUAGAAA